AUGUUUAUUGAAACAGCAUUCUUAGCUGCUUCUCUGGCGGGUGUUGCUAGCGGAGCACAGCCUGGAGCUGCAGCGCCACUCGCCGCCCCGAUGAGAGACUUGGAAUGGGGGCAGAUCAACUUUCUACACACGACAGAUACUCAUGGAUGGCAUGCAGGCCACUUGCAAGAAGGGCAAUACUCCGCCGACUGGGGCGACUAUAUCUCGUUUGCCGAUCACAUGCGGAGGAAGGCCGAUGAAAAGGGCGUCGACAUCAUAGUCGUGGACACCGGCGACCGGAUAGAGGGAAACGGCCUUUACGAUGCAUCCAAACCAAAAGGAAAAUACACAUCCGAUAUAUACAAAGAGCAGGACAUAGAUAUUCUAUGCACGGGCAACCAUGAGCUGUACAUUGCCGAUUCCGUGCGGCGCGAGCACGAUGUCACUGUCCCCAAUUAUAGAAACUCAUACCUCGCUUCGAACCUCGACUACAUUGAGCCACAAACCGGCAACCAGAUACCGCAAGCGCAACGAUACAAAAAGUUCAAGACCAAGAACCAAGGCCUCACCGUUGUUGCAUUUGGGUUUCUGUUCAAUUUCGACAGGAAUGCCAACAAUAGUGUUGUUCAAAAUGUCGAGGACACCAUCAAGGAAAGCUGGUUUCAAGAAGCGAUCCGCGAAAAGCCCGACAUCUUCGUGGUCACUGGACACAUUGGCUUGCGGAUGAAGGAGUUUGAGCUCAUCUUCAAUGCCAUUCGCGACCAGAACUGGUUCACCCCCAUUGCUAUCUUGGGUGGACAUGCGCAUGUUCGAGACUUUCGCAAGUUUGACGACAAAGCAUAUGCUAUUGCCAGUGGUCGAUAUAUGGAGACGAUUGGUUGGAUGUCUGUCGAUGGAAUCAAGAAGAGAUCCAACGACGCUACUUCCUCUGCCGCAUCCCCAACAUUCAAGCGGCGUUACAUUGACAACAACUUGCUCGGUCUACAAUACCACACUGGCCUCAAUGAGACCACUUUUCCAACCGAACAUGGCAAGAAUGUCACCAACUUGAUAGCACAAUCUCGCCAGGCAUUAGACUUGGACAAGGUGUACGGAUGCGCCCCGCAGGAUCUUUGGAUGAGCAGGGCCGAAUACCCCAGCAACUCGAGCGUCUUCACAUGGCUUCAGGAGAAGGUCGUGCCAGAAAUCGCCGUUCGCAAAGACAGGCAGAACGUUCCACGGUUGGCAAUUGCCAAUACAGGCAUGGUCCGUUUCGACAUAUUCAAAGGCGCCUUUACCACUGAUACAACUUACAUUGUGUCCCCCUUCAUCAGCAAAUUCAACUAUAUUCCAGACGUGCCGUAUAGGGCUGCCAAGAAGGUCAUUAGUCUGCUGAAUAAUGGUGGCCCUGUUUUUACGACUGCCGAGGCUGGACAUGUUCUCGACACAAAGUGGCUCGCCAGCCCGGAGCAAUGGGCACUUGCUGAGCGCCCUGGUAUGGAGUCAUCCUCUCCAGAAGGCGCAGAGAAUGCUCAGAUUUUUGACGACAGCACGCAAAAGCCAUUGUUCAAGGAUGAGUCCUCCUCCAAGAAGCCAGAACUUGUACAGGGUUACACAACCAAAGACGAUCUAGGUGAUGAUGGAGAUGAUGCAAUUCAUGAGCCUAUCAAAUUCUACGCCGUGCCCAACUGCAUUCAGACAGAAAUUGACUUUCCAGAAGAAGGAGAACCAGAGACAGUUGACCUGGUCUUUGUCGACUACGUUCAGCCUUGGAUCAUUGUGGCCCUCAAGUUUAGUGGAGGUGACUACAGUACCGAUGAUGUUGCUGAGUAUCGGACAGAGACAGUGACAGACUUGAUUUUUGAGUGGAUAACCAAGAACUGGGGCACUGAUUGCUAA